AUGGUAGCUGGUACAGGAGAUGAAGGCCUUCGGGGUCUGAGUGGGAGGGGCCCGGAGCCCAGUCCCUCCAGUCAUCCCGCCCCUCCGCUCCGCCAGGUGCGCGUGCGCCGUGGCCCCGCCCACCGCCCGUCUUGCUUUUCCCGGGCUCGGUGGCCGGGCUCGCUUCUGCGCGCUCCUCGGCGUCCUCACAACGCGCGUGUCCUCUGGCACCUGGGAAUCGCCCAGCCCCUGUCCCGCCCACCUCCUCGUGAGCCCGGCGGCGGGCAUGUGGCGCGGCGGUGGCGGCCCGAGGCCGGCUGCGGGCCGCGCGGCGCGCUGGUGUUGCUGGCGUUGGCCCUGUGCGCACCCGGGGCCCGGGGCCGGGCGCUCGAGUGGUACUCGGCCGUGGUGAGCACGGAGUACAGGGACCCGCGCACGAACCAGACUGUGUGGAGCGUCGCAGAGAGCGGCCGCUUCGGCGACAGCUCUCCCAAGGAGGGCGCGCAGGGCCUAGUGGGCGUCCCGCGCGCGGCGGACCACGACCCCGAGGGCUGCUCGCCUGACACGCGCUUCUUCGUGCCCCCGCCCGGCGGCGGGGGGACCGCGCCCUGGGUCGCCCUGGUGGCGCGCGGGGGCUGCAACUUCAAGGACAAGGUGUUGGUGGCGGCGCGGCAGAACGCCUCGGCCGUGGUGGUUUACAACGAGGAGCGCCACGGGAACCUCACCGCUCCUAUGUCACACGCGGGAACAGGAAGUAUAGUGGUCAUUAUGGUUAGCUACCCAAAAGGAAAAGAAAUUUUGGAUCUGGUGCAAAAAGGAAUUUCUGUCAAGAUGACCAUAGAGGUUGGCACCCGUCACGUACAGGAGUUCAUUAGUGGGCAGUCUGUGGUGUUUGUGGCCAUUGCCUUCAUCACCAUGAUGAUUAUCUCAUUAGCCUGGCUAAUAUUUUACUAUAUACAGCGUUUCCUGUAUACUGGCUCACAGUUCGGAAGUCAGAGCCAUAGAAAAGAAACCAAGAAAGUUAUUGGCCAGCUUCCACUUCAUACUAUAAAGCAUGGAGAAAAGGGAAUCGAUGUUGAAGCUGAAAAUUGUGCAGUGUGUAUUGAAAAUUUUAAAGUAAAGGAUGUUAUCAGAAUUCUGCCAUGCAAGCAUAUUUUUCAUAGAAUAUGCAUUGACCCAUGGCUUUUGGAUCACCGCACGUGUCCAAUGUGUAAACUUGAUGUCAUCAAAGCCCUGGGAUAUUGGGGAGAGCUUGAGGACGGGCAGGAGAUGCCUGUUCCAGAAUUGGCCCCUGGGAGUGUUGUGGCUGCAGAUUUGAGUAUUGCUGUCCAAGAAGAUGACAGAAGUGACGGGAGCAACUCACCAUUGUCCUCCACUAAUGAACCCGUAGCACAGUGCGGUACCAGGUUUAAGGAAGAUUCAGGUGAAAACACAGCCUUACUAGAAACAGGCAGGAGCGACCUUCAGCAUGGGGGACCAGUCUCUUAGCGCACUUCCCUCUGACGCGGCACGGACAGAGCUUUGAAUUAAAGGACAUUCUAUUUUUUUUACUUCAGCAUAUAGUUUGUAUAUUUGAAAAUAAUGUACAUUCUUUUACCUUUCAGGUUUCGAUUUGAUAAAAAAAAAAGCUAAAAUAUUUUAUUCUGAAAGAGACUUUUUGAUUAGUCUUUAUAUAUUUAUCUACUAAAAUAUGUUUACGAUAAACAAUACGUUGUUUCAGACCAUUACAGAGUUGACAACUGGGGACGGCAUGCCUAAGAAAGGAUGGGUGCUGUUUCUAAAUACUAGACUAGCUACUAUGGUACUGUAUAAAUGAGAUUCUGUCUCUCAAGGAUGGUUUUAGACUAAGCACACAGAAUUUAGACUGGUUGAAGUGAAAUUGUGUAAAUUCAGUUUUCCCUGGAGGAAAGACUUUUCUUGUAAAUGAGAUGAGAGAAACCUACAGCUUUCUUGCACCUUGGUAUUAUAUAGAGAGGUUUCGAAACCUGAGAACACGUCUUCAUUGUUUUCUCUUUGGAAUUAGCAGAAGAGCAUUAGAUAACUUUAGGGUUUACAUUUUCCCCUUUCAUUAAUUUCUUAUGAUACCUUGAUGGGGAUGGAAAUUUGUUCAUUUUUUCUACAAAUGAAAAUGUGAAGAUUCUGUAUUUUACACGAGCAUUAAGUUCUUCGUUGCUUUGUUAAGGAAAUUGAGUAGGCAGACUGAUUUUUUUUUUCUUUGUAAAUGAUGAAUAUAUGGUUCCAAUCGCAAUUUAAUGUUUAUAAUUUUGAUUGUUGUUGUAACAAAAUAAGUAAACAUUUUCUCGAUUAAUUUUAAAGCAAACUUAAUGACGCUGAGCUUGUUUAAUCACCUGUCCUUCCUACUUAGGUUUGCUGUUCUUGUAGGUGAAAGGACCAGGCUAAUGUAAAGCUAGCUUUCUGGAGACCACUAAGUUUAUAAAGUGAUUAAGUAAACAUCCCCCACCCUCCCUUUUUCUGUUGAGAGUUAACUUUUUUAGAACUUGAAAUUGUAGUCCUGUGUUGAUUCUAAACCAGUUACUGUAUAUUUUUAUUUUGUUGGUAAAAAUAAAUGUUUAUUGAAAAAAAAUUUUAAAGAAUUUAUUCUUAUAGUUGUAUCUAGGAUAUACAGUUGUUAGAGAUUAUUUUUUUCAAACUAUUUACCAUACUUAGAUUGUAGCCACUCAUAGUGAAAUACUUGGUAAGUAAACAGUUUUACUGAAGUAAAUAAACUCUGUGGACAGAUUCAGUUUGUGGAGCUAUCAGAAGAGAAAAUUUGUCUUUGAGCUCUCAUUUAAACACAACCUCAAAGUAGGUUUCCGUAAUAGCCAUUAUCUUUGAAUUUAGCCUUCUGUGGUUCACUGCGAAUAGGAACAUAGGUCCUUGAUUUUAUACCAAGUAGGUUGUUGGCUUCUUUGUAUUUUAAGAAACAUCCUUGGGAGAAAUGCUUUAAUUAACAGUUCUUCCCAGCAGCCAAUGAAACUGACUUUUAAAUACUAUGAUAGAUCAAGGUCAGUUGUUUUUGAUAAUUACAUAACUGAUUUCUUAAUCAGGGGCUGUCAAAUAUAGCUUUCCUUAAUUCAAAAGUUUGGACACUAAAUUAUAAAUAGAAGAGAUUGGAAGAAUUAUAGUUUAAUUUCUAGAAACACAAGUCUUUAAUAGCAGAAAAAGAAAUUAGCAGGAGAUAGAAAACUCUUCAGUCUUUAAAAGGGAAAAGUUUUCCAUUGAUAGGUUUAAGAUGGAAAUAUGAUAAAGAAUCAAAUAUUACCAGAAUUUUUGCUAAGAAAAAGUCGUCGACAUGCUGGGAACAGAGAAUAUAAAUGAAGAACGUGUAUACUAAAUUAGAUUUACUUAAGAUUAUUUAUGGCAGCAAUCAUAUUCGUUUUAACAAUGGUCAUAAAAGCUAUUUGUUCACAAAUAAUGUAGAAACACUUUUUUUGGUUUUUGUUUUUUAAACUAUGAAAGUUUGCAAACAGCAUGUGAAAGAGGCAGCAUAUGCUGAACAUGUAGUACUCGGUAUGUAGUCUGCUGCUUCUGGGUCUUCUGCCAGAAAACCAGGAAGGAUCCGGAGGAGAGGUGGAAACAGCAAGUUGUGCCAGGUGAUUUACAGAUAUUAAAGCUAGAAAUUGAAACUAGAAAAUCCAGAGAAUUCAAGAUGCAUUUUAACGACAAUCAAGUUGAAGUUGUCUGAGUGCACUAUAAAGUUGAUUGCAGAUACUGAAUCCCAGGAUCAUAGUUUCUUGUACUUCAGGUACCAAGACCGUCAUUUUAAGUGGAGUACUUCAAGAAAAAAGGCCUACUGCUAUCACACAAGAAUGCCCAAACCAUCGAUUCCUCCUUACCAGCCAAGGCCAGCUGAAGCCCGCUAAUGUCCACAGACUGGCCCAUGUUUCCAACGUCCAUCAACGCAAUCUGUCGAGGUGUCUUUUUAAAGAGCUCCCUUGGAGGUGCCAGCAUCAGCUGGGAAAGAAAAAACUUUUCUGGUGGAGUUAUAGGAGGUAAAAAUCCUACAAAGAAAGAUGUACAAUGAUUACUCCAGUGGUUAUUUUUAGGAAUUAACAUGAAUCUGGUAAAAUUAGCAUUUGCUACUUGCCAUUUCAAUUCACAUAUCUUAAAGACAAGGUUUCAAUUAUAAUUCACAUUUUUGAAAAUGUAAUUAAACAUGUCACUUGAAUUCCUAUGACUUGUGGCAACAUCAAUGAAAUGAGGUUUUUGUAACUAUUAAGAACUUGUUUUUGUGCUUGCUUCGGCAGCACGUAUACUAAAAGAACUUUGUUUUUAACGUGCCUCAGUUCCUGCAAAGGCUAAAGCUUACAAGUGCCAUCAAAAACAAAACACUAUAGUGCUCAGAAAUGCUUUUCUUUCUUUGCUGCUGUAACUGUAGAGGUUGAAGAGGCAAGAGUCACUAGCAAUGCAAAUAUACUUCACAUACCUGCUUUAGUACAA